AUGAGGAAAACCGUCAGGGAGGUUUCCGCACCCUACCCAGAAUUCCUCGACCCGGAAGUAACGGUGCUGUCAAGCAACAUACGACCCGAUCCUAGCACCAUGCCAUCUAUUGGUAACGGUCACGUGGCCACAGUAACACACAGCGACACCAUGUAUGUAGAUGGACUCUACAAUGGCCGAAACAGCACGACACACAGGGCCAGACUACGGUCUUCCGCUUCUAUCAACAUCACACAAUUCUCUUUCCCCGUGGACACACAGAAGUAUUCACUAGACGUCGGUAGAGGUAUGUAUAUAGAAGAAUACAGCCAGGAAGGCAAAGUGAAAGUAGAACUGAAGAUGUACGCCCAUCAGUGGAUGAACCGUCUGCUGGUUACUGAGAUAUCAGUGAUUAAUGACGGUGGUCAACCUGUUUACCUCAAUCUAUCCCAGACCCUCGGGCCAGUCAGUAGAGAUGUUACCGUCAACACCACCCACAGCAAUGGCUACCGCGUUGACCUGGAGAUAACGAAGGAGACAGAGGUGGAAGGCGCUGAUACGGUGCCAGUCAUGGCAUUAUCUACUCCUGUUCCGGAGUCAAUCACUGUGGGGCCGAGCGAAGCCUCCCGCCAUCUUUUCCUCACAUCAGUUGGACAGAACCCCUUGAUAGCCAUGGACUUUUUUGGGACCGGACUAAGCUAUUUUAUGAAUGGAACAAUGGAGUCUUCUCACGUGAACCAUUGGGCAAACAUGUGGCGUAAUGGAAGGAUUGAUAUAGGCGGAAACAAGGACCUCAGUAGACUCAACUACGCAUCGUUAUAUUAUCUACUCAGUGAGAUUCCCCAGUAUGAGAGCUACGGACCUUUCUAUGGCAUCUCUGCAGGAGGAUUAGGAUACGGCGACAAACACAAUGUAAAGAAACCUCUUUACAUUCAAUCUCAUUUCUGA